AUGAGCUUAGCACCUUCCACUUCAGGCACAAUGAAGGCCUUUAGAGGAAAGUUACAUUUCCCAAUUAUCAUGCUCUGCACUAUUGCCUUCAUCAGUUUUCUUUACACUGAAAGAAUUAGUAUACUUCUUUCUUCAAACCCUUUUUUCAAGAUGAAGUCCUGUUCUAAAAGAGGUUCUGUCAUAAAAAAUGAUGAUCAUAGAAAUGCUACAGAGGAUAAGAUAGACGGUUCUGUAGUAGAUGACAGAUUUGUGUUUGACCCAGAGGAGUGCAGUGUUGAGAAUGGAAAGUGGGUGUUCAACCGUUCUAUCAAGCCUCUUUACACAGACAGAAGCUGCCCAUAUCUUGACAGGCAAGUUUCUUGUCACAAGAAUGGACGGCCGGAUUCUGACUAUCUUCACUGGGAAUGGCAGAUAGAAGACUGCACCUUGCCAAGAUUUGAUCCAGAAGUUACUCUUGAGAAACUUAGGGGCAAGAGGCUAUUGUUUGUUGGGGAUUCUUUGCAAAGAGGUCAAUGGCAAUCUUUGGUCUGCACGGUUGAAUUCAUCAUACCUGAGGACCAAAAGUCCAUUCGACGAGGGCGCGCUCAUACAGUCUUCAAAGCCAAGGAAUAUAAUGCUAGUAUUGAAUUCUACUGGGCUCCAUUUCUGGUUGAGUCGAAUUCUGACCUCCAUAUAAUAGGAAAUCCGAAGGAAAGAAUACUAAAAGUGGAUUCAAUUGCCAAGCAUGCCAAACACUGGGAAGGAGUUGAUAUCCUUGUGUUCAAUACUUAUGUAUGGUGGAUGAGCGGCUAUACCAUCAAAUCAUACUGGGGCUCAUUUCCAAAUGGGGAAGAAGGGUAUGAAGAGCUAGAAGCACCAGCUGCCUACAGAAUAGCAUUGAAAACAUGGGCCAACUGGGUUGACUCAAAUGUCAAUCCCAACAAAACUCGAGUCUUUUUCACUACCAUGUCCCCUACACACAUGAGAAGUGCAGACUGGGACAACCCAGAAGGGAUGAGAUGCUUCAAUGAGACAAAGCCAUUCUUGAAGAAGGGGUUCUGGGGAACUGGUUCAGACAAGAGGGUCAUGCGCGUCGUGGCCGAAGUGUUGAAGAGAAUGAAAGUUCCUGUUUCAGUCCUGAACGUAACCCAGAUGUCAAAUCACAGAGUUGAUGCUCACACAAAAGUUUACACCGAGACCGGAGGCAGACUACUAACAGAUGAGCAAAAAGCUGAUGUGCUGCACAAUUCAGAUUGCAUACAUUGGUGUCUUCCAGGAGUUCCAGAUACAUGGAACCAAAUAUUUUUGGCACAUUUGUAG